AACACCAGAAAUGUGGUGCUCUCGCAUUCGUAUUCCAUUUAGAAAAAUACUAGAAGAGAAUCCAAGAAUCUUUUCUAAGAAUGGAUACAUUACAAUGAUUGGAAAACAUAUUAAAAGCAGUGAUAGAGUUUAUGGUCAUGAAUCCGAUUAUAUAUAUUGCAGUGUAUGUGACUCCUUAGUUUUCAUAUCUAAAACUCCUUGUUUAGAAACUUGCUAUCAAGAUAACCAUCUUAAGAGAUGUAUUAAUGGAGAUAUUAUUUCAAAUGAACAUGCAAGAAGAAAAGAAAUUCUCCAAUCUAUUGAUGAAAGAGAAUCUACUAUUUGGGUAUAUAAACAAUAUAUAUUACAAGAAGAGGCUAAAAUUAAUCGUCUUCGUCUAGAGCUUUUCUCCCAAUCUACCUCACACUCAGAAAAGGAUAAAUUGGCAUCGAUAUCACAUGAUUAUGAUACUCGUACAAUUCUCUAUGAAGCUUAUGCGCAGGCUAAAGCAACUAUAGCAGAAAAUACUAUGCCUAGUGCUCCAAAUUUUGAGCCAGCUUGUAUUUCUGUUACCUCUGGUAACCAAGAAAUGAUUCCACCAACUUCUUAUCAGUCAUCGAAUUGCAAAAGUGAUACAGGCGAAAUAUUUAUCUCGUCUCGGUAUGCAAAACAGCCAAAAGGCACUGCGUUGAGAUUGAAGGAUGGAACACUAAUCACAAUUGUCUAACUGACUUGACUGAUUCUGAGAAAUAUCUUAAUUAUAGACUAUUGCUUUUAACUGAAAAUUAAUAUUAUUUAGCCAAAGGUGCAAUGUAUAACUUAUUCUUUAUUUUUUAUGCUAAAUAAUCUACAUACAUGAUCGCCUAGUAAAAUUGGUCGAAGGUGCUAUAGAUGAAAUGUAUCACCUGCCAAAUUUUCUAGAUUAGUCCUUAACCCAGAUCUCGAAUAUUGCCUUAAUAAAAUAAUAUAUUGUCCACACCUUAUGGCCUAGGCAUGUGUGACAUAAAUUUUUGAUCCAUCUAGCGUGUCUCUUCUUAUUUAUAAAAAGGCCAUAAAUGUAUUAUUUGUAUUAUAAUAAAACUUAUCCUGGUGGUCUAUUUUU